CUAUAUAAAGCAUUCGGCCCCGUCACUCUGCCUUCUUGUCAUCAGCCAGCCAUGGAUACAUUAAAGUUUCUAAUAGUGCUCUUAUGGAUGUGCGCCUGCAAAGCAGAACAGCACAGCCUGCAGACAGCAAGAAAUGCUGAGCUGACCUCCUGUGACUUCAACCAGGACAGUGAGCCUUUCUGCAGGUUCAGUCAGGAUAACACAGACAACAAUGACUGGACCCGACAUAAAGGUCCAACUCCAACACCUGGAACUGGGCCCAGUGGAGAUUAUCCAGAUGGAAAUGGCUACUAUAUCUACCAUGAGUGUGAUAAUGUACCUGAUGGACAGCGCGCUCGUCUACUCAGCCCUGCCAUUUCCUCAUCGGCCUCUCAGAUCUGUGUCCAGUUUAACUACUACAUGUAUGGCACAGACAAUGAAAACGUGUUGAGGGUUCUGGUAAAAAAACUAAGUGGUGAGGAGGAGGUCUGGAAGAAGUCUGGUUUCCAUAGCCGCUCCUGGUUGAAUGGCUCUAUCACUAUUCACAUUCCCAGCAAUCAGAACAUCACUAUUGCGUUUGAAGCCCAGAGAGGCGACUCUCCUUCCUGUGACUCUGCUCUGGAUAAUAUCAUCAUUUCGGAAGGAGCAUGUCCAUCUUGUAUUUCAGGCUGUGAUUUUGACAAUUCGAGUGAUUUGUGUGGAUGGACAACAAAUCAGAGUGCUGAUAUAUUUGGCUUUGAACAGUGGACUGGGUCAACAAACACUGAAGGUACUGGACCUGAUGAUGACUUUUCCAAACCUGGAUUUGGAUCCUACAUGUUGUUGGAUUCAGAAUACACUAUCCCUGGGAAAAGUUCUCAGAUCAUAAGUCCUUCAGUAUCCUCAAUAUCUGGAUGUCUGGAGCUCACUUUCCACUACUACAUGUAUGGUACCAGCACCACAAUGCAGCUCAGCGUCCACACCAUCAACAUGGCAGGUGGCAGCCUUGGACCUGCUCUCUUCACUGUUAGGGGGAACCAGGGUCAAGAAUGGAAGCCUGCAAAAGUGCAGUACUUGGGAACUACUCCUGUUCAGUUUGUGAUUGAGGGUACCUACGGAGAAACUCCAAAGACAGAUAUUGCUGUUGAUGCUGUCUGUAUCACGUCUUGUAAAGCUCAGCCAACACCAACACCUACACCAACAACACCUGGAUCAACAACUCCUGGAUCAAGUACAUCUAAACCAACAACUCUGGGACCAUCAACUACACCUAUCACAGCAAAUCCUGUACAAACUACACCUACAACACCUACAUCUAGACCACCAACACCUGGAUCAACAACAGCAAGGCUGUGUCCUCCUAAUUCAGUUUACAAAGACUGUGGUCCAGCCUGUAUCCCAACUUGUAUGGAACCCCACACAAACUGUUCUGGCUCCUGUAUCAGUGGCUGCUUCUGCAGACCUGGGUUUGUUUUUAAAGGACGAAAGUGUGUGCCUCUGGAGCAAUGUGGCUGCCUGGAUGACCACAAUAACUAUUAUGAGCCGGGAGAGAUUGUAUCUGGAGGUGGCUGCACAAAGCUGUGUCACUGUAAAGGCCACUAUACAUUUGAAUGCGUCGAUAAGUCCUGUGACCCCACUGAAGAGUGUCGAGAAGUAAAUGGUGUUGAAGGAUGUUAUCCCAAAGAUUCAUCUACAUGUAUAGCACAUGGUGAUCCUCACUACUCCUCCUUUGACAAACGAUCCUACAACUUCAUGGGCAACUGCAGCUAUUUGAUGUCUAAACCUUGCAAUGAAACAACUCUUCCAUAUUUUGAGGUCCAUGCUGACAAUGAAAACCGGUAUAACAGGCCCACUAUCUCUUAUGUGAAAGCAGUACACGUAUAUGUGUACAUGGCGAAGAUCUCCAUUCUCAAAGGUGGCACUGUGCAGGUGAACGGGACCAACGUCAAGCUACCACUGACUCCGGUCCCUGGUGUUUCUUUGUUCAAGUCAGGAAAGCAUUACACUGUGUCCAUGCAAUUUGGCGUAACUGUUCGCUAUGAUGGUAACCACUACAUGGAUAUCAAAGUAAUCAAAGAUUAUCAGAACAUACUGUGUGGACUGUGUGGAGACUAUGAUGGAAACGCGAAAGACGACUUCCGUAAACCAGAUGGAAGCUUGACUAGAGAUCCCAAUGAGUUUGGGCACAGCUGGAACACUGAUCCUAAGUGUAAUAAGACUACCAACACCACUGUCUCAGGGUGUGAUGACGAUGAGAGCGAACUCUAUGAGAGCUCUGGAUAUUGUGGCAUCCUUCUGGAUAAAAAUGGUCCUUUUGCUGUCUGCCACCCCAGAGUUAACCCCAACAAAUACUUCAGGGACUGCGUCUUUGACUUAUGUGAGAUGGAUGGAGCCAAGCCCGUUCUGUGUGAAGCCAUUGAAGGUUAUGUCAAUGAAUGCCAGGACCGUGGAGUCAAUAUCGGAUCAUGGAGGAAUGAAACAUUCUGCCCCCUAAAAUGCCCCCCCAACAGCCACUAUGAAUCCUGUGCAAACUCCUGUCAAGAGACGUGUUCUGGAAGACCUACUUCCUGUGGUGGGCCCUGCUCUGAGUCCUGUGUGUGUGACCCUAACUAUGUCCUAAGUGCUGGCAAAUGUGUCAAGAAAUCUUCUUGUGGCUGCACAUACACAAACGGACAAUACUAUGAGGCCGGAGAGGAGUUUUAUCUGGAGGACUGUAAGCUGAGGUGUAGGUGUGAUGCUCCCUUCAUUACAUGUGCGGCUUCUGAAUGCCCGCCACUGCAGGAGUGUAAGCUCCAGGACGGAGACCUGGGCUGCUAUCCCACUGGCUCUCAAGACUGCGUAGUCUCAGGAGAUCCUCAUUACAACACCUUUGACAAGAAGUUCUAUACCUUCAUGGGAACUUGUACCUACACACUGGCCAGAACCUGCAUGAAUAACACAGGUCCUUGGUUCUCUAUAGAGGGGAAGAAUGAGGAGAGAGGAGUGUCAGGUGUGUCCUACCUAAGAAAACUGUACGUCACAGUGGACGGGAUCACUGUGACACUGAUGAAGAACAAGAGAACACUGGUGAACGGAUUGCGAGUGGCCCUUCCUCACUCCCCCUCUCCCCUUAUUUCACUAAGUCUUGUUGGCCAGUUCGUCACACUGCACACACCCUUUGGCCUGCAGGUGCGUUGGGAUGGAAACCAUUAUGCCCAGAUCUCCGUUCCGAACUCCUACAGUGGACAGAUGUGUGGUCUCUGUGGUGAUUACAAUGGGAGACCAGAGAAUGAUUUCACUAAACCAGAUGGAAAUCUGACAGGACAGGUCAAUGACUUUGGGAACAGCUGGCAGACAGAAGAGGAUGAAGAUGAGUCGUGUACCCCAGGCACAAAACCUGAGCCAGACUGUGACCCCGCCCUUGAGGUUGAGGUGGUUAAACCAGACAAAUGUGGCAAAAUUACAGAUGUCAGUGGACCUAUGAGAGAGUGUUUCGCUGUGGUCGAUCCCACUCCAUUCUUCCAGAGCUGUGUGUUUGACAUGUGUCAGUUCAAUGGCCAGCAGCACGUACUUUGUGACCAACUCCAGGCCUACACUGUUGCAUGCCAAAGUGCUGGAGCCACAGUCCAUGAGUGGAGAACGCCAGAGUUCUGUCCCCUGACCUGUCCCCCUAACAGCUCCUACUCCCUAUGUGGGAGUUCAUGUCCCGAGACCUGCCGGGGUGUGGCCGGACUGCCUGGCUGUAAGGACAUCUGUGUGGAAGGCUGUGAGUGUAACCCAGGCUUUAUCCUCAGCAAUGACAAAUGUGUGGAGCUGAAAGACUGUGGCUGUGUGGACACCACUGGAGCUUAUCACCCUAUGGGGGAAGACUGGUACUUGGAGGGUUGUGAGCAGAAGUGCGCGUGUCACAGUGGAGGCAUAAUCCAGUGUCACAACACCAGCUGUAAACCAAUGACUGAGAGCUGCCAUCUACAGAAUGGAGAAUAUGAAUGCCGUCCUCUGGGAACAUCAACACCUGUACCAACAAUUUCUGGAUCAAGUACACCUACACAAACAACACCUGGAUCAACAACUCCUGGAUCAAGUACACCUAAACAAACAACUCUGGGACCGUCAACACCGAAACCAACAACUCUUUCAUCAACUACACCUAUCACAACAAAUCCUGUACAAACUACACCUAAAACACCAACACCUACACAAACAACACCUGGAUCAACAACUCCUGGAUCAAGUACAUCUAAACCAACAACUCUGGGACCAUCAACUACACCUAUCACAACACAUCCUGUACAAACUACACCUAAAACACCAACACCUACACAAACAACACCUGGAUCAACAACUCCUGGAUCAAGUACAUCUAAACCAACAACUAUUUCAUCAACUACACCUAUCACAACAAAUCCUGUACAAACUACACCUAAAACACCAAAACCUACACAAACAAUACCUGGAUCAACAACUCCUGGAUCAAAUACAUCUAAACCAACAACUCUGGGACCAUCAACUAUGCCUAUCACAACAAAUCCUGUACAAACUACACCUAAAACACCAACACCUACACAAACAACACCUGGAUCAACAACUCCUGGAUCAAAUACAUCUAAACCAACAACUCUGGGACCAUCAACUACACCUAUCACAACAAAUCCUGUACAAACUACACCUACAACACCUACAUCUAGACCACCAACACCUGGAUCAACAACACCAAGGCUGUGUCCUCCUAAUUCAGUUUACAAAGACUGUGGUCCAGCCUGUAUCCCAACUUGUAUGGAACCCCACACAAACUGUUCUGGCUCCUGUAUCAGUGGCUGCUUCUGCAGACCUGGGUUUGUUUUUAAAGGACGAAAGUGUGUGCCCCUGGAGCAAUGUGGCUGCCUGGAUGACCACAAUAACUAUUAUGAGCCGGGGGAGAUUGUAUCUGGAGGUGGCUGCACAAAGCUGUGUCACUGUAAAGGCAACUAUACAUUUGAAUGCGUCGAUAAGUCCUGUGACCCCAAUGAAGAGUGUCGAGAAGUAAAUGGUGUUGCAGGAUGUUAUCCCAAAGAUUCAUCUACAUGUAUAGCACAUAGUGAUCCUCACUACUCCUCCUUUGACAAACGAUCCUACAGCUUCAUGGGAAACUGCAGCUAUUUGAUGUCUAAACCCUGCAAUGAAACAACACUUCCAUAUUUUGAGGUCCAUGCUGACAAUGAAAACCGGUAUAACAGGCCCACUAUCUCUUAUGUGAAGGCAGUACAUGUAUAUGUGUACAUGACGAAGAUCUCCAUUCUCAAAGGUGGCACUGUGCAGGUGAACGGGACCAACGUCAAGCUACCACUGACUCCGGUCCCUGGUGUUUCUUUGUUCAAGUCAGGAAAGCAUUACACUGUGUCCAUGCAAUUUGGUGUAACUGUUCGCUAUGAUGGUAACCACUACAUGGAUAUCAAAGUAAUCAAAGAUUAUCAGAACAUACUGUGUGGACUGUGUGGAGACUAUGACGGAAACGCGAAAGACGACUUCCGUAAACCAGAUGGAAGCUUGACUAGUGAUCCCAAUGAGUUUGGGCACAGCUGGAACACUGAUCCUAAGUGUAAUAAGACUACCAACACCACCGUCUCAGGGUGUGAUGACGAUGAGAGGGAACUCUAUGAGAGCUCUGGAUAUUGUGGCGUCCUUCUGGAUAAAAAUGGUCCUUUUGCUGUGUGCCACCCCAGAGUUAACCCCAACAAAUACUUCAGGGACUGCCUCUUUGACUUAUGUGAGAUGGAUGGAGCCAAGCCUGUUCUGUGUGAAGCCAUUGAAGGUUAUGUCAAUGAAUGCCAGGACCGUGGGGUCAAUGUCGGAUCAUGGAGGAAUGAAACAUUCUGCCCCCUAAAAUGCCCCCCCAACAGCCACUAUGAAUCCUGUGCACACCCCUGUCAAGAGACGUGUUCUGGAAGACCUACUUCCUGUGGUGGGCCCUGCUCUGAGUCCUGUGUGUGUGACCCUAACUAUGUCCUAAGUGCUGGCAAAUGUGUCAAGAAAUCUUCUUGUGGCUGCACAUACACAAACGGACAAUACUAUGAGGCCGGAGAGGAGUUUUAUCUGGAGGACUGUAAGCUGAGGUGUAGGUGUGAUGCUCCCUUCAUUACAUGUGUGGCUUCUGAAUGCCCGCCACUGCAGGAGUGUAAGCUCCAGGACGGAGACCUGGGCUGCUAUCCCACUGGCUCUCAAGACUGCGUAGUCUCAGGAGAUCCUCACUACAACACCUUUGACAAGAAGUUCUAUACCUUCAUGGGAACUUGUACCUACACACUGGCCAGAACCUGCAUGAAUAACACAGGUCCUUGGUUCUCUAUAGAGGGGAAGAAUGAGGAGAGAGGAGUGUCAGGUGUGUCCUACCUAAGAAAACUGUACGUCACAGUGGACGGGAUCACUGUGACACUGAUGAAGAACAAGAGAACACUGGUGAACGGAUUGCGAGUGGCCCUUCCUCACUCCCCCUCUCCCCUUAUUUCACUAAGUCUUGUUGGCCAGUUCGUCACAUUGCACACACCCUUUGGCCUGCAGGUGCGUUGGGAUGGAAACCAUUAUGCCCAGAUCUCCGUUCCGAACUCCUACAGUGGACAGAUGUGUGGUCUCUGUGGUGAUUACAAUGGGAGACCAGACAAUGAUUUCACUAAACCAGAUGGAAAUCUGACAGGACAGGUCAAUGACUUUGGGAACAGCUGGCAGACAGAAGAGGAUGAGGAUGAGUCGUGUACCCCAGGCACAAAACCUGAGCCGGACUGUGACCCCGCCCUUGAGGUUGAGGUGGUUAAACCAGACAAAUGUGGCAAAAUUACAGAUGUCAGUGGACCCAUGAGAGAGUGUUUCGCUGUGGUCGAUCCCACUCCAUUCUUCCAGAGCUGUGUGUUUGACAUGUGUCAGUUCAAUGGCCAGCAGCACGUACUUUGUGACCAACUCCAGGCCUACACUGUUGCAUGCCAAAGUGCUGGAGCCACAGUCCAUGAGUGGAGAACGCCAGAGUUCUGUCCCCUGACCUGUCCCCCUAACAGCUCCUACUCCCUAUGUGGGAGUUCAUGUCCCGAGACCUGCCGGGGUGUGGCCGGACUGCCUGGCUGUAAGGACAUCUGUGUGGAAGGCUGUGAGUGUAACCCAGGCUUUAUCCUCAGCAAUGACAAAUGUGUGGAGCUGAAAGACUGUGGCUGUGUGGACACCACUGGAGCCUAUCACCCUAUGGGGGAAAACUGGUACUUGGAGGGUUGUGUGCAGAAGUGCGCGUGUCACAGUGGAGGCAUAAUCCAGUGUCACAACACCAGCUGUAAACCAAUGACUGAGAGCUGCCAUCUACAGAAUGGAGAAUAUGAAUGCCGUCCUCUGGGAACAUCAACACCUGUACCAACAAUUUCUGGAUCAAGUACACCUACACAAACAACACCUGGAUCAACAACUCCUGGAUCAAAUACAUCUAAACCAACAACUCUGGGACCAUCAACUACGCCUAUCACAACAAAUCCUGUACAAACUACACCUAAAACACCAACACCUACACAAACAACACCUGGAUCAACAACUCCUGGAUCAAAUACAUCUAAACCAACAACUCUGGGAUCAUCAACUACACCUAUCACAACAAAUCCUGUACAAACUACACCUAUAACACCUACAUCUAGACCACCAACAACACCUGGAUCAACAACACCAAGGCUGUGUCCUCCUAAUUCAGUUUACAAAGACUGUGGUCCAGCCUGUAUCCCAACUUGUAUGGAACCCCACACAAACUGUUCUGGCUCCUGUAUCAGUGGCUGCUUUUGCAGACCUGGGUUUGUUUUUAAAGGACGAAAGUGUGUGCCUCUGGAGCAAUGUGGCUGCCUGGAUGACCACAAUAACUAUUAUGACCCGGGGGAGAUUGUAUCUGGAGGUGGCUGCACAAAGCUGUGUCACUGUAAAGGCAACUAUACAUUUGAAUGCGUCGAUAAGUCCUGUGACCCCACUGAAGAGUGUCGAGAAGUAAAUGGUGUUGCAGGAUGUUAUCCCAAAGAUUCAUCUACAUGUAUAGCACAUAGUGAUCCUCACUACUCCUCCUUUGACAAACGAUCCUACAGCUUCAUGGGCAACUGCAGCUAUUUGAUGUCUAAACCCUGCAAUGAAACAACUCUUCCAUAUUUUGAGGUCCAUGCUGACAAUGAAAACCGGUAUAACAGGCCCACUAUCUCUUAUGUGAAGGCAGUACACGUAUAUGUGUACAUGACGAAGAUCUCCAUUCUCAAAGGUGGCACUGUGCAGGUGAACGGGACCAACGUCAAGCUACCACUGACUCCGGUCCCUGGUGUUUCUUUGUUCAAGUCAGGAAAGCAUUACACUGUGUCCAUGCAAUUUGGUGUAAUUGUUCGCUAUGAUGGUAACCACUACAUGGAUAUCAAAGUAAUCAAAGAUUAUCAGAACAUACUGUGUGGACUGUGUGGAGACUAUGACGGAAACGCGAAAGACGACUUCCGUAAACCAGAUGGAAGCUUGACUAGCGAUCCCAAUGAGUUUGGGCACAGCUGGAACACUGAUCCUAAGUGUAAUAAGACUACCAACACCACCGUCUCAGGGUGUGAUGACGAUGAGAGGGAACUCUAUGAGAGCUCUGGAUAUUGUGGCAUCCUUCUGGAUAAAAAUGGUCCUUUUGCUGUGUGCCACCCCAGAGUUAACCCCAAUAAAUACUUCAGGGACUGCCUCUUUGACUUAUGUGAGAUGGAUGGAGCCAAGCCCGUUCUGUGUGAAGCCAUUGAAGGUUAUGUCAAUGAAUGCCAGGACCGUGGGGUCAAUAUCGGAUCAUGGAGGAAUGAAACAUUCUGCCCCCUAAAAUGCCCCCCCAACAGCCACUAUGAAUCCUGUGCAAACUCCUGUCAAGAGACGUGUUCUGGAAGACCUACUUCCUGUGAUGGGCCCUGCUCUGAGUCCUGUGUGUGUGACCCUAACUAUGUCCUAAGUGCUGGCAAAUGUGUCAAGAAAUCUUCUUGUGGCUGCACAUACACAAAUGGACAAUACUAUGAGGCCGGAGAGGAGUUUUAUCUGGAGGACUGUAAGCUGAGGUGUAGGUGUGAUGCUCCCUUCAUUACAUGUGUGGCUUCUGAAUGCCCGCCGCUGCAGGAGUGUAAGCUCCAGGACGGAGACCUGGGCUGCUAUCCCACUGGCUCUCAAGACUGCGUAGUCUCAGGAGAUCCUCACUACAGCACCUUUGACAAGAAGUUCUAUACCUUCAUGGGAACUUGUACCUACACACUGGCCAGAACCUGCAUGAAUAACACAGGUCCUUGGUUCUCUAUAGAGGGGAAGAAUGAGGAGAGAGGAGUGUCAGGUGUGUCCUACCUAAGAAAACUGUACGUCACAGUGGACGGGAUCACUGUGACCCUGAUGAAGAACAAGAGAACACUGGUGAACGGAUUGCGAGUGGCCCUUCCUCACUCCCCCUCUCCCCUUAUUUCACUAAGUCUUGUUGGCCAGUUCGUCACACUGCACACACCCUUUGGCCUGCAGGUGCGUUGGGAUGGAAACCAUUAUGCCCAGAUCUCCGUUCCGAACUCCUACAGUGGACAGAUGUGUGGUCUCUGUGGUGAUUACAAUGGGAGACCAGAGAAUGAUUUCACUAAACCAGAUGGAAAUCUGACAGGACAGGUCAAUGACUUUGGGAACAGCUGGCAGACAGAAGAGGAUGAGGAUGAGUCGUGUACCCCAGGCACAAAACCUGAGCCGGACUGUGACCCCGCCCUUGAGGUUGAGGUGGUUAAACCAGACAAAUGUGGCAAAAUUACAGAUGUCAGUGGAUCCAUGAGAGAGUGUUUCGCUGUGGUCGAUCCCACUCCAUUCUUCCAGAGCUGUGUGUUUGACAUGUGUCAGUUCAAUGGCCAGCAGCACGUACUUUGUGACCAACUCCAGGCCUACACUGUUGCAUGCCAAAGUGCUGGAGCCACAGUCCAUGAGUGGAGAACGCCAGAGUUCUGUCCCCUGACCUGUCCCCCUAACAGCUCCUACUCCCUAUGUGGGAGUUCAUGUCCCGAGACCUGCCGGGGUGUGGCCGGACUGCCUGGCUGUAAGGACAUCUGUGUGGAAGGCUGUGAGUGUAACCCAGGCUUUAUCCUCAGCAAUGACAAAUGUGUGGAGCUGAAAGACUGUGGCUGUGUGGACACCACUGGAGCCUAUCACCCUAUGGGGGAAGACUGGUACUUGGAGGGUUGUGUGCAGAAGUGUGCGUGUCACAGUGGAGGCAUAAUCCAGUGUCACAACACUAGCUGUAAACCAACGACCGAGAGCUGCCAGCUACAGAAUGGAGAAUAUGAGUGCCGCCCUCUGGGAAAUGGGAUUUGCUCAGUAUCUGGUGAUCCUCACUACAACACAUUUGAUAAACACACUCACCAUUAUAUGGGAGCCUGCUCAUACACGGUGACCAAACCCUGCAACGAGUCCUCUGACUUACCGUAUUUCACUGUCGAGACCCAGAAUGAGCACAGAGGAAGUAAUAAGAAGGUUUCCUACGUCAGGGCUGUGGUGAUCAAUGUCAAUAAUGUGACUGUCAUUCUCGACAAGGGACGCAUUGUAAAGGUCAAUGGGGCAGUGGUUGUUCCGCCUGUCACCUCUAUCACUGGUGUUAAAAUCUACUUGAGCGGAAAGUUUGUUGUCCUAGAAACAUCCUUUGGUCUGAGGGUGCGAUUUGAUGGUAAACACCAUGUUGAUGUCACUUUGCCAACCUCCUACAAUGGCCUCCUCUGUGGAAUGUGUGGAAAUUUUAAUGGAAACCCCAAAGAUGAUAACUUGAAACCAGACAAUACACCAGCUGCAAAUAGCAACGAGUUGGGAGAUAGCUGGCAGGUUCCUGACCCAAGACCUGACUGCUCUAAUGGUGGAGAAGAGGAUGACUGUGACAAAAAGGUGGAGGAAGAGGCCAAGAAGUCGACCAGCUGUGGCAUGAUAUCUGAUCCCAAUGGCAUCUUCAGACCCUGCCAUUCUGCUGUGUCCCCGGGGCCGUUCUUUGAAAACUGUGUGUAUGACAUGUGUGCGACUGGAGGUCAGAGUGUGGCUCUUUGCCAGGCCAUAGAGAGCUAUGCUGACAUGUGUGCUGCUGCAGGAGUCUCCAUUACAUGGAGAAACAAUACAUUUUGUCCUCUAAAUUGCCCCCAUGGCAGUCAUUAUUCUUCAUGUGGCCCUGCUUGCCCCCUGCCAAGCUGUCAAGACCCUGCAGGACCUGGUGGCUCCUGCAGCCUCCCCUGUGUGGAGGGUUGCUUCUGUGACCCUGGCCUCAUCCUCAGUGGAGACAAAUGCGUGCCAUUCAGCGAGUGUGGCUGCACUGACAAAGAUGGGCAAUACAGGCCGGUUGGAGACGCUUGGUUCACACAGACUGACUGUUCAGAGCGAUGUAAGUGUAGCAGCCAAGGCAAUGUCACCUGCGAGCCCUGGCAGUGCAGCCCUGCACAGGAGUGUGCAGUGGUAGAAGGAGUACUGGAUUGUCACUCUACUGGUAAAGGAGUGUGUCAUGUAGCAGGAGAUCCUCACUACUACACUUUUGACAGCGUGAUGCACACAUUUAUGGGCACCUGUACAUAUACUCUGGUGGAGGUGUGUAAUUCCACCAACGUAACUCCCUUCAAGAUAGUGGGUAAAAACGAAGAACGUGGUCAACCGGAAGCCUCUUAUAUUCGUUCUGUGACAAUCUACUUGCCUCAUGACACUGUGAUAGAGCUGCAGAAGGGCCGCAGAGUUCUGCUGAAUGGACGACGUGUGCGAACCCCAGUUUCCAUUGACUCGGUUGGAGCCAGAGUUAUAACCAGUGGGGUGUACAUUGUGUUGGACACAGAUUUUGGUCUGCAGGUGAAAUUUGAUGGAGUUCAUCACCUGGAGAUCACUGUUCCUGGAGAGUACUUCAACAAGUUGUGUGGCAUGUGUGGGAACUACAACAACAACUCCUCAGAUGACAACCUGAUGCCAAACAAGAAACCAGCCAAGGAUGAGAUUGAACUUGGCAACAGCUGGAAAUCAGAUGGAGACAGUGACCCUGGCUGUAAGCCAGACACUCGUCCAGACAUUCACCCAGACUGCACCACAGGAGAAGAGCAGCGCUACAAGGUUCAGUGUGCAGAGGUUAUCUUUUCCGACACCUUUAAGCUUUGCCACUCUCUGGUGGAUCCCAACGCUUUUCUGGGUAACUGCAUCUACGAUAUGUGCGAGUAUGAUGGCAUGCACGCAACGCUGUGCAACAAUGUGGAGGCGUACGCACAGGCCUGUCAGAGCGCUGGAGUAACAAUUAGCUGGAGAAACAACACAUUCUGCCCCCUGCCCUGCCCUCAUCACAGCCACUAUUCAGACUGCACUCCCCCUUGCCCCCCCACAUGCUCUGACCUCUUCCCCAGCUCCUGCCACCUCCCUCCAACUACCUGUGUGGAGGGCUGCCAGUGCGACGCCGGCUAUGUCCUCAGUGACGGCAAAUGUGUUUCUCUGGACAAAUGUGGCUGUCUAGACCCAGAUGGAGAGUAUCAUGACAUGGGAGACUCAUGGCUAAAAGGAAAGUGUAUUGAGUCAUGUACCUGUAACCCUGGUGGCAAUAUCGUAUGCAAGAACCACGUCUGUAGUUCCAACUCUGUGUGCACCCUGGACAAAUAUGGAGACCUCUCCUGCAAACCUACCAAGUUCGACAAGUGCAGCAUCUCUGGGGAUCCUCACUACAGAACAUUUGAUGGUUUCACCCAUCAUUACCAGGGUCCUUACACAUAUAUCCUGGCAAGGGACCACAAUUUGCAGGAACCACUGUCACCCUUUGUUGUGAGGGGAAAGAACAUGAGACGUGGGCGUAACAAGAGGGUGUCAUUCCUGGAUCAGAUGUACAUUGAUGUUUACGGCGUCAAUGUUCGCUUUGAGCAGAAGAAGACUAUCCUGGUCAAUGGGGAGCGUGUAUCACCUCCUUUAAGCCCAGUCGAUGGUUUGACUAUCACAAAGAACUCCAAGGAGGUCAAGCUCACCACUGACUUUGGACUCACCGUACGUUUUGAUGGCAAAAGUCGCGGAGAGAUCAUACUUCCCGCCACCUAUAGACAUUCUGUCAGAGGACUGUGUGGCAACUACGAUGGCAUCACCAAAAAUGAGUACAUGAAACCAGAUGGGGUGGUGGUCAGGGACUUAAAUGCAUUUGGAGAUAGCUGGAGGGACACUGACCGACAGGCCGAAGGACCCAAGACCUAUGACCUUCCUGUCAAUGUCCACAACCGCAUAGGUAAAGAAGAGAGUAAUCCAGAUUCAGGAUUUGCAACAUCAGACUGCUCUCAAGCGGAACUUAAUAACUACAACAGUGUGUCUCAGUGCGGAGCGUUAUCUGACCCCGAAGGCCCAUUUGCUGCCUGCCAUGCAACACUGUCACCCCAAAUCUACCAAGAUGACUGUUUGUUUGACUUGUGUGCCGAGAGCGGUAGUAUGGAAUUACGCUGUGCCAGUUUUGAUGUGUAUGCUACAGCGUGUCAAGAGGCUGGAGUCAAACUGGGACCCUGGAGGGCGCAGCUGGAUUGUGCACUUCCCUGUGAUGCCAACAGCACUUAUUCCUCUUGUAUGUCACCUUGCCCCGCCUCCUGUGGCGAUCUGGCAGCACCCUCUGAGUGUGGCACCACUUUGUGUGUGGAAGGGUGUCAGUGCGCUGAAGGCUUCGUCAUGAGUGAUGAAAUCUGUGUGCCAUACUCACAGUGUGGCUGCACCUUCCUCAACAGAUACUACCCUCUAAAAGAGAAGUUUGUAACCGAGGACUGCUCUCAAUCCUGUGAAUGUACGAGCACUGGCACUGUGUGCCAACCCAAAACCUGCCAGGAUGGUGAUGUCUGCACCGUUUACGAAUCUAAACGUGACUGCUACAGAGCAAGUCCAUGCCUUAGUUCUCCCUGCGUGAAUGGUGGGACAUGCAGUCCGUCUAGUAACACCACAUAUGACUGUAGUUGUACAGAGGGCUUUGAGGGCAUAAACUGUGAAGUGGAGAUAACCGAGCUGCAAGGAGGACUGGAAACCAAGUGGAUUAUUGUGAUCGCCGUCUUGGUCUCUGUCACUGCCAUAGCCAUCGUCAUCACCAUUGUGUGUGUGUGUAAACGCAAAUCCAAGAAAAAUAAAGAAAAAUCUGAGGGGAAACAGCUCCACCUAAACUCACAAAGUGUCCCCUAUGAGAACAUGAAUGACCUAAGAAAAUCCACUGUGACCACUAUGUGAUGACACCAUGAAUUGAAUAAUCUGCUGAGGCACUUUUUCAACAAUCAUUAUUCAAAUUACUGUAAAAAAAUCUAAAAUGUUUUUGCUUUGUCAAAUGUGUACACAUCCAUGUGCUGCUAUUUGAAUUUGUGCUUUUGAUGAUGUAAUUUCAAUUAACUGUAGGAAAUGAAAUAAAAUUGAAUAAAGCUCUG